AUGGGCCUGGUCGAGUGGGCGUGCCGGCUAGGGGCAGAGGGCAUGCUCCACAGGGCCCGGGCCGCCCUGCCCCCUCCAAAAGGGCUCCGGGUGCCUCUACAGGGACGCUGCUGCGCCGCCGGGCUCGCCGACAGGGGGGGCAAGAGGGCACCUGCAGAACCGGGGGAGGCAGUUAUCCCAACGCCGCUACCCUGGAGCCUCCCGCGCUGCUCAGCCGUGGUCAACCCCACCGUGUUCUUCGACAUUGCCAUCAACGGCGAGUCCUUGGGUCGCGUCUCCUUCGAGCCGUUUGCAGGCAAAGUUCCAAAGACAGCAGAAAACUUUCACACUCUGAGCACUGGGGAGAAAGGCUUUGGUUAUAAAGGGUCCUGCUUUCACAGAAUCAUUCCGGGAUUUCUGUGUCAGGGUGGUGACUUCACACGCCAUCAUGGCACCGGUGGCAGGUCCACCUAUGGGGAGAAAUUUGAUGAUGAGAAUUUCCUCCUGAAGCAUGCGGGUCCUGGCAUCUUGUCCACGGCAAAUGCUGGCCCCAACACAAACAGUUCCCAGUUUUUCAUCUGCGCUGCCAAGACUGAGUGGUUGGGGGGCAAGCGUGUGGUUUGGGGCAAGGUGAAAGAGGGCGUGAAUAUCGUGGAAGCCAUGGAGCGCUUUGGGUCCAAGAACGGCAAGACCAAUGGCAAGAAGAUCACCAUUGCUGACUGUGGACAAAUCUAA